AGAACACUUACACCAAAACUCCACUACAUGAUACACAUUCCUCAAUGGAUGAUAAAAUGUGGACCACUAAGUAAAUUAUGGUGCAUGCGUUUCGAAGCUAAGCAUCGGUACUUUAAACAAAUUGCAAAAGUCGUAGGUAACUUUAAAAAUAUUGCAAAAACCCUUGCUUAUCGACACCAACGACGCAUGUGUUACAUGUUAUCAAAGCCUCACCUUAUAUUUAAAGAUGCUAUUGAAUCUGGUCCAUCUUGUGUAAAGGAAGCAUCAUCACUUGAAUACACAUCAGCUUUUUUGAGUUACUUUCCAGGUUUCAAUCUAAGAACUCAAUUAAAUAUAGUGAAUUGGAUUAAUGUGAAGGGCACUCAGUACAAAAGAAAUGACUGCCUUCUAAUUGAAUUUCAAAAUGAUGAACCAGUUUUUUCAAGAAUUGCUGAUAUUGCUUUUGUAGAGUCAUGUCCUGGUCCCAUUAUUAUAGGUGAAGCUCUGACUACUUUGUCAUACAAUUCUCAUUAUCACUCAUAUGAAGUCCGUUCAAAUGGUACUUUCCUUAUCAUUGAUUUAGACAAAAUAAUAGAUCACAAUGUCCUAACAAUGUAUCAGACAUUUCAGAACUACUCUACUUAUUAUAUAACUCUCAAAUACUACAUAAUAAAUGAUUUUGAUGUUUAAGUAUAAUCAUUACUACUAACUUUUUGCUUUGUUAUACAUACUCUUGCCACUA